AUGCUUUCUGUAGGCAAAAAAGGUGGGAGGGCCUUUCCUCAGAAUGCUAAGCAUACUAGACAGCAUACUAGACGUCAGAGAUUUCACACUGGAGAGAAACACUAUCAGUGUAAUCAGUGUGGAAAGGCUUUCAGAAAUCGCUCCAAUCUUGGGAAACAUCAGAGAAUCCACACUGGAAAGAAACCUUUUGAAUGUCAUCAGUGUGGAAAGAGUUUUACACAGAGCUACAAUCUUGCUGUACAUCAGAGAAUCCACACUGGAGAGAAACCUUAUCAAUGCAAUCAGUGUGGGAAGGCUUUCACACAUUUGGCCACUCUUGCUGCACAUCAGAGAAUCCACACUGGGGAGAAGCCUUAUGAAUGCAAUCAAUGUGGAAAGGCUUUCACAGAGAGCUCUGCUUUUGCUGCCCAUCAGAGAAUCCACACUGGAGAGAAACCUUAUGAGUGUAAACAGUGUGGAAAAGCUUUCACCCAGAGAAACAAUCUUGCUGCCCAUCAGAGAAUCCACACUGGAGAGAAACCUUAUGAGUGUAAACAAUGUGGAAAGGCUUUCACCCAGAGAAACAAUCUUGCCGCACAUCAGAGAAUCCAUACUGGGGAGAAACCUUAUCAAUGUAACCAAUGUGGAAAGGUUUUCAGGCAGAGCUCCAAGCUUCCUGCACAUCAGAGAACCCACACUGGAGAGAAACCUUAUCAAUGUAACCAAUGUGGAAAAGCUUUUACACAGAGGGGCCAUCUUGCUGCACAUCAAAGAAUCCACACUGGAGAGAAACCUUAUGAAUGUAAACAGUGUGGAAAGGCUUUCACUGACAGUACCAAACUUUCUACACAUCAGAGAAUCCACACUGGAGAGAAACCAUAUCGGUGCAAUCUGUGUGGAAAGGCUUUCACUCAGAGCUCCACUCUUAAUAAACAUCAUAAAAGCCACGCUAGAGAGAAACCUUUUGUAUGUAAUCAGUGUGGAAAGGCUUUCAUAAAGAGCUCCAGUCUUAGGAAACAUAAGAGAAUCCACAUUGGAGAACAGGCUCGGACGGGCAUCGCUAGCAAGGUCGAUAGCGUGCCAGGAGUGUAG